AUGUCCGGAACUCAGCCUGUAGCAUUGUACACUCUGAGGGUUCCUCCCGGAGGAACCUUGAUUCCCGCAGUCCCCGAUGCCUCCGCCAUGUUGCGUGUGAGCAUGGCUGCCGUUGACCCGGACGAGGAACCCGAUUUUGAUGGAUUGGACACGAAGCGCCCCAGGGCCACUCUCAAGAUCAUCCGCGCUCCUCCAGGAAUGGACCUGGACGAAUCGGAUGACGAUUACGAGGAUGAGGAUGAGGACUCCGAGGACUCCGACGAUGAGGAGGUUAACGGCGGUCCGAGCGACAAGGAGAAGGCCCGCAAGCUCAAGGAGGCUGCCAUCCGCAAAGAAAUGGAAGAGGCCAUGGAUGAAGAUGACGAAGAGGAUGAGGAUGAGGAUGAGGAUGAUGAAGGAUUUGACCUGAAAGCUGCCAUCUCCAAGCUCAUCAAAGGCAAGGCCCCCGCUACCGACGAUGACGAUGACGAGGAAUCCGAAGAGGGUAUCGAGUUCGAAGAGAUGGUGGUCUGCACCUUGGACCCCGAGAAGGCCUACCAGCAGCCUUUGGACCUUACGAUCUCCGAGGAUGAGCGCGUCUUCUUCAAGGUCUCCGGUACCCACACGAUCUACCUGACCGGAAACUACGUGAUGCCUCUUGACGAAGGCCGCAUGCCUUACGACGAGGACGAGGACGAUGAGGACGACGAGGGUGACUACGAUCUCUCCCCUGAUGAAGACGAGCUGGACUUGGCCGAACUCAUGGACGAGGACAACGAGAGCGACGAGCUAGAUGAUUUAGAGAACCCCCGCAUCACCGAGGUGGAGAGUGAUGAGGAGGCUCCCAAGCUCGUUACUUCCAAGGGUAAGAACAAGCGCGCAGCUGAAUCCGAGGAAGAUGCUACCCUCGACGAUUUGAUGACCAAGUCCGGGAAGAAGGCCAACGGAGAGGAGACCCUGAGCAAGAAGCAGCAGAAAAAGCAGAAGAAGAACAACGGCGAAGCGGCUCCCGUGGAACAGAAGAAGGACGGAAAGGACAACAAGGAGGGCAAGGAGGCUAAGAAGGUCCAGUUCGCCAAAAACCUGGAGCAGGGUCCUACGCCUUCGGCUCAGGACAAGAAGUCCGCUGAGACCACGGGCACUCUCGGAGUGAAGGAAAUCAAGGGAGUCAAACUCGACGAUAAGAAGCUUGGGAAGGGUGUCGCCGCUAAGAGUGGUAACACGGUUGCCAUGCGAUAUAUUGGAAAGCUCGAGGACGGCAAGGUCUUUGAUGCCAACAAGAAGGGCAAGCCUUUUACCUUCAAGCUGGGCAAGGGUGAAGUGAUCAAGGGUUGGGACAUCGGUGUGGCUGGUAUGGCCGUGGGUGGCGAGCGCCGUAUCUCGAUUCCUCCUCAUCUGGCCUAUGGCAAGAAAGCUCUCCCCGGCAUUCCGGCCAACUCGAAGCUGAUCUUCGAUGUCAAGCUGCUUGAGAUCAAAUAG